AUUUAGUUUAAAUUUUACCCUCUCUCCAUCUCGAAUAUAACAGAGGUUGAAGCAGGAGCAGCAAUCCAUUGGAGAGGGGCUAUCAAAUCCAGGAAUCUGAUCUACGCUCAACAAAAUGGGGGCAGAAGAAGCGGCUGUGGAGCAAGAGAAGCUCGCGUCUCAUGAUCCGAGCGCGAAUCCCAUCACGGAGGCUCAGUUCCUAUCCUGGAAGCGCCACAAGGAUGCCGAGGCAUCUGCCAAAAGAGAUGAAACAGCAAGGAAGCGUGCGGAGGAUAUAGCCUCAGGAGCGGUGCAAAUGAAUGGGCGAGAGCUUUUCUUGCACCAACCGUGGGUUUUUGACAACACUCAAUAUUGAGCAUAUCCUUCAUACAAAGUAUUAGUUCUUACGCCCAAAAUGCUACCGUCAUCUAUGAAUCUGUGCAAAAGGAAUGACUUGGCCCAAUUGGUUCUAGACAAAGAUGUAUAUCCAAAUAUAGGCGCUACUUUACUUAGUGCAA